CCCCUGCUCUGCCUUCUGUUAGUGAUGAUGAGAGGGACAAGGCAGGCCGUGAAGGGGAGGAGCUGGACAGAACACUGGCCAGCAGCCCAGGGACUCCUUGGGGUAAGGUUGUGUGGGAUACAGAGCUUCAGAGAGUGGCCCUGUGCUAGCUGCCACCCAUUUGCUGCUGGCCUCCAGGGAUGACGCCAGACAGCACGCUCCUGAAGGCCCCUCUGCUUCUGGGGCUCAUUGUGCUGGUGCCUCAUGUCUGCAGUUCCGACUUUGUGGACAUUGGUAGGAGAACAAAAUACUUUAUCCUGUGUGUUGAGUUUGCAGUAUUUCAUUUCAACCAAGUCUACCCAGACGAGUAUGCGUAUAAGCUGCUGUGGGUACGGCGAAGCCAGCGCAAGUUUACCUUGAUAUAUUUAAUGGAGUUGGAAUUGGGCCAAACUAUUUGUACAAAACAGGAUGAAGAUCUGGAAAAUUGUCCCUUGCAAGAAGGCCCAGAAGAGAAAAAGGUGGACUGCACCUUUAUUGUGGAUGUCAGACCAUGGUUUUCCCAGUUCACCCUCCUGAACAGUACCUGCGUCCAGAAAUAGGGAGAGAAGCAGCCCCUGGCUCCUCAAGCAGAAGUUCCCUGGGACUCCUGGGUGGCUCAGUCGGUUAAGCAUCUGCCUUCGGCCCAGGUCA